AGGACGACAGCUAGUGAUCAGAUCGCUGGAAAUGUAUUUGAGGUUUUUAAACUCCUCAGAAGUAACUUGGAGUAAUGAGUCACUUUCUACAGAAUUGCAAAAAUAGAUACACUUGGUAGUCGAUAUAACUUUUGGCUCAACCCUCAAAUUUAUAUUACGUGUCUUCUGACCCACAACUAUCAAGUCUGCUGUCUUCUGUCAUAUUUUACUCACAUAUUUCAACAAACAGAACUUGUAAAACUUGGAUGUUCUCUGGCAACAUAUCAUAGUGAAGUAUUUCAAAGGAAUUUUGCUUGGGAAGAACCUAAACUGAAAAUAUGGAACCAUCAGUAAUCUCUAUAUACUAACCCCUCGUGAAAUGGCAGACUGAAUAUGAACAUGUCUGAGGGGAGACAAUGAAACCACAGGCAGGACUACAUCACUCCACAGUCCUCACAGCUUCUGUAGAACAUAAAGGUACUGUCUUUGGAUAGAGAUCACCUUUAAAAGGAAACAUGGAUUUAAUAAAUUCAACUGAACAAAACUAUACUUCAGAAGAACUAUUUAAAAGAAUGACAUCCAAGAUUGUUGUUUCAAUUACUCUGUCUGUGCUUGCACUAAUGACAACUGCCAUCAAUUCUCUAGUGAUGACUGCAAUAAUUGUGACAAGGAAACUCCAUCACCCUGCCAACUAUUUAAUCUGCUCCCUUGCAGUGACUGAUUUUCUAGUUGCAGUUUUAGUAAUGCCCUUCAGCAUUGUAUAUAUUGUAAAGGAGACCUGGAUUAUGGGGCAGGUGGUAUGUGACAUUUGGUUGAGUGUUGACAUUACAUGCUGCACGUGUUCCAUCCUGCAUCUUUCAGCUAUUGCUUUGGAUCGGUACCGAGCAAUCACAGAUGCUGUGGAGUAUGCCAGGAAAAGGACACCUAAACACGCUGGCAUCAUGAUUGCAGUGGUGUGGAUCAUAUCCAUUUUUAUCUCUAUGCCUCCUCUGUUUUGGCGACAUCAGACAACUAGCAGGGAUGAUGAAUGCAUCAUCAAACAUGACCACAUAGUUUUUACCAUUUAUUCCACAUUUGGAGCAUUUUACAUCCCCCUGGCAUUGAUUCUGAUCCUUUAUUACAAAAUAUACAAAGCAGCAAAGACAUUUCACAGAAGAAGCGUCAGCCGGAUUGUAAGGGAGGAGGUAAAUGGACAAGUCCUCUUGGAGGCGGGUGAGAGAAGCACCAAAUUGGCUUCAACACCAUGCACAGUUGAUAAGUCAUCUGAUCCCUUGGACUGUGAUAAAAUUAAUAUCUCGUUACGAAGCCCCAAGUCUGAAUCCAAACAAGAUAAAGCCUGGAAAAAACAAAGAAUCUCUAGCACAAGAGAGAGGAAGGCAGCAACCACCCUGGGCUUGAUUUUGGGUGCAUUUGUGAUCUGCUGGCUCCCCUUUUUUGUAAAAGAAGUAGUUGUUAACACCUGUGAGAGAUGUCACAUUUCAGAAGACAUGUCUAAUUUCCUGGCAUGGCUGGGAUACAUCAAUUCUCUAAUUAACCCAUUGAUCUACACAAUCUUUAAUGAAGACUUUAAGAAAGCAUUUCAGAAGCUUGUGCGAUGUAGGCAAUACCUUUGAGUGUGUUUGUUCUUAUUAUAUUGAACCUGCAAACUGAUUUUUGUGUGUGUGUGUGUGUGUCUGUGUAUAUACACACACGUGCGUGUGUACACAUUUAUGAAGACUAGGACUAAAUAUGUUGUGUUGAAAAGGCAUUAAGACUGCACCUACAUUUUAAGCAUAUGAUUUUUGUACCAGUAGCACCUUGAAGUGCAUGUUGUCUAAAUUUUAAAAAGAUGGGUUAUUUGUGAUGAAUGUUGGGCUGGAAAGGGAGGGCUUCCAUAUACAUUUGUGCCCCUGAUCCAGCUAAGAUGUAUGCUCCUGUCCAGUUUGAAGCACAGUAGUAAUCCCACUUAACUUGGUGAAACUAUUCACAUGCUUAAAGUUAUGAAUGAGUUUAAGUCUUUGCAAAAUCAGAACCUAAAACUACAAGGUUAAAUGCUAAUUUCCUUGCUCAGUGAAAAAAGUGGCAGACGUCAGUGGGAGUUUUGACCGAGCAGAACUCCUGAAUAAUGUGGUCCAUACAACAGUUUUGAACAGUAAAAUCGUACCUUUAAGGUAAUGGCUCAAUCAGGCCCACAGUACAAAGUCAUGCCACUCCAGCCUGCUUUCCAAAGAUGCAGCAUUCUAGCACUGGACCCUGCCUCCUUGUCAUCCUGACACCUCCCUGUUUCCUUUGCUGUGAGAUAUAUUCCUGGAGCUCCUGGAGGGGCACUACCUGUACACUCCUCACCGUAGAGCAGGCAUUUAAUGAAAGUCAAGCAUUUUGUGUCCUCCACAGUCCAAAUAUUUCCCUAAGCAAGAUGAACAAGCACAGCCAGAGCUCUUUGUAGGAGUAGAAUACACAGAAUAUUAGAGGCUAUGAGUCACUGUUUCAGCACUUAGAAGAGAUUGGUGGUUAUGUUAAGCAUCAGAUUUCAUAUGGCCAUGGAGAGGAAAAGCAAGAGGGAGAGAGACCAUCCAAGAUGCCUGCCAGCUUUUAUCCCGUUUCCUUCCCUAGAUGCCAGCUACAUGCACAAUUCUUACAUAAUCCAAGGAGGGCUGCUCUUUGGAACCCAAGCUCCAGAAAGAGAAGGCUGAGGGAGGAAUCCUAACCCAGAGGUGGCUCUUAGAUAUUCAGGGAAACAUUUACUAACACCUGUGCAAAGCUACCAGUCAUACCAGCUCCACUCAUUCAAAUGCAGACCUGUGACUAAAAGCCAUUGUGCGACUGUUCUAAAAGUAAGAGUUCGGUGGUUCACAACCUUCCAAGGAAAGAUAUGCCAGUUUGCCUGUCUAAACCCUUUAUGGCUGCAUCCACACGAGUAGAUGUGUGCAUUUGCAGCAGCACAAAUAAUAGCGGCACAAAUUUGUGCCCCUACUUUGUACCGCAGUGCGUGUCUCUGAUCAUGUGCUUUGCAGCUGGACAAAUUGUCCCGCUGCUCCAUGUGCUGCAGAGAGGGCUGGCUGGGGCACAGGUUCCUCAGUAUGAGGCUAGCUGGCAGACAGCCCCCAUGCUGAGACACCCUGUGACCCAGCCAGCUGGUAAGUGGCACACGGAAAUGAGGGAGCAGGCAGCCCUGGGCUCUAAAGUGGAACCCCUGCACUGAGUUAUGCAGAGACAUGGGAGCAGCCAGCCCAGGGCUGCCUGCUCCCAUCUCAAGGCACACGGUGCCCCAGCCAGGCAGGGUGCCUCAGUGCAGGGGUUCCACAACACUUGGAGACUGGGGACUUGGAGACUUCCCUACCUCUGUGUUUGUCCCAGCACACACCACUUUGGUGUGCUUUGUGCUGCUUUUUUCUCCCCUUUUUUUUUCGCUACCAGAAACUCCUGAUAGCAAAUUUUGCCCCAGGCCUGCAAAUGAGCAGUGCCAUGCAUGAUUUAACAGGCAGCGCAUGCAGUUUGUGGCACCGCAAAAUGGUUUGUAGCAUUGCAAAGAGGUUUACGGUGCCACCAACAGCAAGUCUGGAUCCAGCCUGCUAGUCUGUGCUCAUUGCCAACCAUUCAGUUAUAUACACGAGUCACUGGCAUCUGGGCUACUCUGAACCCCAAUGUCAGAUACAAGCAGUUGCACUGCCCUCCAAAAGAGUCCUGGUUGGUGAGGAGAGGGCACCUUUUACCAAAGCCUGAAGUACAAUACAUUUUCACAGACCUUGGUUUAAAAAAUAUUUCUUCAUUAGAAGUCUACUCUGAGUUUUUGUUUCUUUAAAAAAAACAAACCUCAGAGACAGAAUUUGUGCACACAUUAAGUAAAAAAUCCUGUGUGUAACCAAAGGAGAGCAGUGCUGUUUUCUACAUGUCUGAACCCUAACUUUAACAGCUUUCACUGUUUUGUCAAUUAAGUGCCAGUUCAGACAGUGACCAUGAAAGAAGCUUUUCUUACAAAAUGACUAUCAGGUUUGAGGUCUGUCAUGUAUUUAACUUAUUUGUUUCUGCCACAUGAAACCUACAGCCAGUGUUCUACCUUUACCACCAGCCUCCAACUGAGAUGUUAUUCAAAAAUGUCAACAGUAGAAACUGCAGAUUUGCUUUACUGUGGAUUCAGCCAAACCAUGUGGGAAUCCGACUGAAAGCUUAGCCACACCAUCUACUGUAGCUUAGCAGUAGCACAAGUAGAUUUUGAAAACACAAAGACAUGCCAGAAUAGAACAUGGUUGUACAUAAAUAUUCUUCAUGCUUAUGGUAACCCAAAGCAUUUUGCUACCAUUGCAGUCACCGUGUACACAGUCUCAGAAGCUACUCUGUCCUCAGCAAUAGCUUUGAGUAUUAUACUGAAGGAGAGAAUAAUUGCUUGAAACAUCAGUUGUGACCUGUUUUUUAUGAAAUGUCCCAUGGAAUCCAACUUUCUAAUAGGACAGACUGCCACAGGAAGGUAAAUGAACCUCACCGUAACAUCUCAACUGAAGGACGUCACUUCCAAUGCUCCCCUGGUACUACAGUCUCCAAAAGAGAUACCUUGGGGUGAGAUUUGAGCUCAGGAACUUCUGACUCAGAAGUGUGAGUUCGGCCAACCAAGCAGUUGUGUAUGGUACCCUUACUCAACCCAUUUUCAUAGUGCUUGCUGAGGGGUAGAAUAUGUUAUAUUUCCACUUGUGAGAAGUUUGGUGACACAUUGCAAAAGCAAAUUUGAGACAAAAAUAGGUAUUGCUGUAGAGAAAGAUACUGAAGCUAUCACUUCUAAAUAUAAUAGAUCAGGCUCAAAGACUGGAACAAUCUGUAGAUAAACAGAAAUUAGCUGUCAUUUCUGCACUGUUAACAGUAUUAUACUCUGAAUCUAAUUAAGCUGCUAUACAUUUCUCAAGAUGCAGGGGUGGUUUCUUUUGUAUUGUUUUCACUGAGCUUUAUCUGCUCAUUGUUGAGCACCUGAAUGGUGGAAGAUGUGACUACAAGUUUACAUUGACAAGCAAGUAAUUAUUCUAUUAAAAGCACUUGCAGAUUGUGGGACCAUCUUUUUUUUUAUUGUCUGCCUGCCUACCUU